AUGGGCGGCCUACUGGCACUCCACGCGGCCCUCCAGCGCCCCACCCGCGUCGCGGCCCUCGUCCUUGUCGCGCCCGCGGUCAGCCUCGCCGACCGGCUGUGGGACCGCCUCGGGGAGGUCAAGCAGCAGGCACUGCUUUCAGGCGGCGCCGUCAACCUCGGCAGCGAUUACGUGGCUCCCGGCGCCGACGAGGUCUCCCUCGCGUUCUUUGAGGAGGCGCGCGCCUUUGCGCUGCCCGAGGCGCCCGGAUCCUUGGACGUGCGGUGCCCUGUGCGGAUCUUGCACGGCGCGCUGGAUGACGUUGUCCCCGUCGAGGUCGGUCAGCGGCUGGUGAGUCAGCUGGCUGGUGACGACGUUGUUCUGACCGUAGCAAAGGAUGGAGACCACCGGCUGUCUUCGCAGCGGGACAUCGGCCUGCUGAUGUCAGCGGUGGCUCAGCUGGAGGAGGCACUGCAGGCUGCCCAUCAACAGGAAUGA